AAAAAUUGAUGCUGGACACCUUCUAAGUCUGGAUUUCGUGAGAAUUACCCAGAGGUGUUGCCUCAUCAUCAUGUGUGAGUGUGAUAGUUUGGGAAGUAUGUUGCUGCAUCAGGACCAGGUUUAGGUUGCACCAGCUGUUAAAGGUCUAACUUUAAGAGGGGCAUACAGUUCACAAUAGGAUUUUGUAACUUUUCCUAAUUUGGUUGCAAGACCACAUUUAUUUAAACCCCAUGAAAAUGCUGUGGCAGGCCUGAUAAUCAAAAUACAGUUGUUUUAAACCAAGUACCAUGCUGUAGGCUAUUGUGUUUGAUGUUGGUGCAUGAGUCAUGCAAAUUAUCUGUAAAGCACCUUUUCAAGCCGUUUGUUUACCUCUUUCCCUCUCUCCUGGCUUCUGAUCUCCAAUGGCCUAUUUCUGAUCCGCUCUUAGAGUCGAAUGAAUGAUUGAGGGUUUAAGGAGGUAAUCCUGCACUCUGCUGAGAUUUCUCUUAUCCUUCCAAUCCUUUCAUCUAUAUCAGUUCUGAAUAUAAAACGGUCAUCAUAAUCCAGCAAUUACAUUAAUAACUCAUAAUCUGUUAUUUUGUCCUCUUUGAGGAGCACACAGAAUUAAUGUCAUCUACAUGACAGUAUUGAUGUGCAUGUUUGUGCAUGCAUGAGCAUCUGUGGUGUUGUAUACUGUAAACCUCUCUGUGCUCUUAUGAAUCAUCUGUAGUGUUUGUUUGCAUGCUGGGAAAUAUUUAAGAGACUGUAAUGCUGCCUAUUGAGAUGAAGUUUUGGAUUAGUUCAGUCUGGUUAAACUGUGGAUUGGUGUUUGCAUGCAACUUUAAACAAAAAACAGUAAAUGAUGUGUUGUAAUUUUAUUUUAAGACUUGCGUUGUUAUUGAAAUAAUAAUGCAAUAUAUUAUUUUUCUUUUUUUCUUUAGAUCUUCAAACAAAAAUAUAGUGUCUGUGCUAUUUAUUUACUGUCACUUGUUGUAACCGGCAUGAACUAGCUAUCUACUAUAUAGCCACUUAGAACAUAUUUUUUUGCAUUUGUGUUGGGAGUGAUUAGUUGUCCUGGUAAAGGGCCACAUAUACGAUCUACUGUCUCUAUGUGUCCUACUUUAACCUGCAUUAAGUUAUCUGUGCUUAAAUUGUCUUCAGAGUUGCACAUAAUAGGUGCUAGAACAGAUGCCAACUUUGCAGUGAUGCAAACCAUUUCUGGUUUCCCAGAAAACCGUUCAGUCAAAGCAUUACUGUAUGAAACAGUAACGUCUGGAUCACGACUUGAUGCGCAUAAAUGAAACUCAGCAUUUCCCACCCACCAGUCGAUAUAAGGAAAGACCCGCCGGAUCUCAUUGGAGGGAUAGUGACGUCAAGGAAAUCCUCGCCACCGAGACAUCCUUAAUAUAACCAUGAACCUCCCGCACUGAGAGCUCAAAGCACAUUACUGCUCAAAACAUAGACGGGAUUAGCAUCGCAAAAAGCACGACCUAAUUCCAGGCUGCUGAACUGUAGACAUCUACAAGAAGCCAAUAACAAUUAGAUCCUCAGUUGGUUUUCUUAUAUUUUGUAUUACUGGACCACUUUUCUACAUCGAUGCGUUUUUAAAUUUGCUGAAUCGAUUUUUCAUUCCUGGAAGCGUCUGAGUCAAUAUCAAAGAAACCAUCUCCUGUCAGACUGAACGAGUUGUAGACAUGACUCUGCUGACGAACAUGCGGCGCCACAGUAUCCGCGUGCAGCAUCACCUGCACCGGUGGAGCAUUUGCGGGACGGAUGGAGGGCAGCUGUUGGGUGGUGGUGUGAGGACCCCUGACAUCGGGUUUUCCCUUUCUAAAUCGUGUUCGCGCUCCACCGAGAGCUGCACGUCAUCUUCUUCAGAUUCCAGCGAGUCUGCGGAUCCCUCUGCGAUCGGACCCUUUACCGUUGUGCUGCUCGGAGACAACGGCGUCGGAAAGUCAGGGCUCGCGAGUAUAUUCGCCGGAGCAUCAGAUAGUAUGGGGAGCGACUGCGAAUUAUAUGGAGGUGAAGUAUUCGAGCAGACAAUUAUGGUGGACGGUGAGAGAGCCACGGUUACACUGCUGGAUACAUGGGAUUCACAGGAUGAGGGCAUGUGGACGCAGGAGCGGUGUUUGCAGACAGGAGACGCUUUCAUUAUUGUCUACUCUAUAACGGACCGAUCAAGUUUCCUUCGUGCCUCAGAUCUGCGCAUUCAGCUGCGGCGCGAGCGCCAGGCAGACCACACGCCCAUCAUUCUCGUCGGCAAUAAAUGUGACCUGGUCCGUUGCCGAGAAGUAUCCACUAGUGAGGGCCGUGCAUGUGCUUCAUUUUUUGAUUGCAAGUUUAUCGAGACAUCAGCGGCGAUGCAGCACAAUGUCUGGCCCUUGUUUGAUGGCAUCAUCCGUCAGCUGCGUCUGCGCAGAGACAGCGUGGAGAGCACCAGUACGCGACCUUCUACUCAUAAGCGUCGCGAAAGUUUACCGAAAAAAGCAAAGCGUUUCAUUGACAAAAUUGUUUCUAAGAAGAACAAGCAAGCUGCCUUGAAGAUCAAGUCCAGAUCAUGCCAUGACUUAUCUGUACUUUAGUGUUGUUUUUUAGGUUUAAGGUUUAAUGGAUAUAUUAAAUUAUGCUAAAUAUAGUGUUUGUUUUACCCAGUUUGAGUGGCAUUGUAUGUCAUUUGUUAAAGAAGUCAUGUAUGUCUAUAUUAGACUGUGCCGUUGAUAAGAAGACUUCUUGUUUACUUGGUGAAAGACAAAACACUUAAAAGAUAAGGCCAAUUAAAUAAUGCACAGGCAUUUUUUUUGGAAAGUAACAGCUCUUAAUAAGAUUCUUUGAAUUUUGUAUGAACUUUCAGAUUGUAAAAACAAACUUCUUGUACCUUGGGUUGUGUGUAAAAAACCUUUUCAUUCAUUUGGUUGUA